UUGUUCCCCUUUGUUACCCCUGUGCUGGAAAGGAUGAAGGUGACUCUGUUACCCUCAGACGUCAUGGAGUUCUUCAAGAAUGUCUUCACAAAAAUGAAGAAGGAACGGGGAAAGGGCAGCAGCACGGACCGGGUGGAUUUCCUGCAGCUCAUGAUUGAAUCGCAGAACUCACAUGAUGGCUCCAAGUCUGCUGAGACCAACUUGGACAAAACAUUAAGCGAUGAGGAGGUUCUGGCCCAGGCUCUUAUCUUUGUCUUUGCUGGUUAUGAGACCACCAGCUCCACCCUCAGCUACAUAGCCUACAACCUGGCCACCCACCCUGAUGUGCAGCAGUGACUCCAGGACGAGGUCGAUACACACCUGCCCAACAAGGCCACUCCCACAUACAACGCCAUCAUUCAGAUGGAGUACCUGGAUAUGGUGGUGAACGAAUCCAUCCGGCUCUACCCCGCCGGGGGCUGGCUCGAGAGGGUCUGCAAGAGGACUGUGGAGCUCAAUGGGGUGACCAUUCCAGAGGGAAUGGUGGUGCUGUUCCCAGCCUUCGUGCUGCACCGCGACCCGCAGUACUGGCCAGAGCCCGACGAGUUCAGGCCUGAGAG